CUUCAACGUCACGAUUCAAUCGGACAGCAACACACCUUUAGAAAGUUAUCCCUUGCCCUUAAACAUCCUAUCUUCACCGAAAUAAGGAGACAUGGGGGGCAAGUCUGCUACCAAGGCCGCUUACUUCGAGAAGCUGAAGAGCCUUCUCGAUGAGUACAAGACGGUCUUCAUUGUCGGUGUCGACAAUGUCAGCUCUCAGCAGAUGCACGAGAUUCGUCUGAGUCUCCGUGGUGAGGGUGUUGUCCUGAUGGGCAAGAACACCAUGGUUCGCCGUGCCAUCAAGGGCUUCGUCACCGACAACCCGGAGUACGAGCGUCUCCUUCCUCACGUCAAGGGCAACGUUGGUUUCAUCUUCACCAACGGCGACCUUAAGGCCACCAAGGAGAAGAUCCUUGCCAACCGUGUCGCUGCUCCUGCUCGUGCUGGUGCCGUCGCUCCUGCCGAUGUCUACGUUCCUGCUGGUAACACCGGUAUGGAACCCGGUAAGACCUCGUUCUUCCAGGCUCUUGGUGUCCCCACCAAGAUUGCUCGUGGUACCAUCGAAAUUACCACCGAUCUUAAGCUCGUUGAGGCCGGCGCCAAGGUCGGUCCCUCCGAGGCUACCCUGCUGAACAUGCUCAACAUCUCUCCCUUCACCUAUGGUAUGACCAUCUCUCAGGUCUACCAGGAGGGUCAGACCUUCGGUGCCGAUGUUCUCGACAUCGAGGAGGAGCAGCUGCUUAAGGCGUUCAGCAGCGCCAUCCAGGCUGUCACUGCCCUCUCUCUGGCCACUGGCUUCCCCACCCUUCCUGCUGUCAUGCAUUCCCUCGUCAACAGCUACAAGAAGGUUCUCGCCGUUGCUGUCUCUACCGAGUUCAGCUGGCCCGAGAUCGAUGAGCUCAAGGACCGUAUCGCCAACCCUGACGCCUACGCCUCCGCUGCUCCUGCUGCCGGUGCCGGUGCUGCCGCUGGUGGUGCCGCUCCCGCCGAGGAGAAGAAGGAGGAAGAGGAGGAGGAGUCCGAUGAAGACAUGGGCUUCGGUCUUUUCGACUAAACUGCUCAUCUCAUUGCGCGAGAUGCGACCACCAUGUUUUAGAUACAUUUACGGCCAAUAUUGACGGUUGGAAAAAUGAAACGAAUUUCAUGGUCAAUUUUUUCUCAUUGUUCAACUAGAUGUGGACGUAGACAUACGGUCCACUAUCUUCUUGAAUCGCUUAAGGUGAGCAUCUACUUUUUUUUACUCUUCACUACCAUUACCCUGGACAUCACUCCUUGGCGGAUGAUGAUAUUUUUUAACUCGUAGUCACUGUUGUGGCGUUGAAGAUCAAAAACUAGCAACAACAAACACUCUAAUUUUUUGCUGACUCGCCUCUCUUCUCUCUUGUUCAUUUCACACACCUUACAGCAACAUGGAUUGCUAACUGUGAUUACAGAUCAUUCAUAUGCAUGUGAUGUGUAGUAGUAUGUCUCGAGUUGGAUUCGUAGUACCACGGUGUUUCUGCACGAGGGUCCAGUCUCUGGAUUUGGAUGUUUACUGUCUCAGAUGAAAUAAACUGCUAGGUAAGGCUCGUGCAGGGGUUAUGGAUUCUUAUUCAGACACUUAUAUAGCAUCAUUUGUGGUAUGAAACAAUUGAUCUAAACAUUCCG